AUGUUGUUCCUUUCACUCCUGUGCUCGCUGUUCUUCCUACCAGCGGUCGUCUUGGCGGCCUUUGGCUGGACGGACAAUGGCUCCGAGUAUGUUAUUGACAGCGGCUCUGACCUCGUCAUCAAGGUGACCAAGUGCUGCGGUGAUAUCUCCUCGCUCAACUACAAGGGCGUCGAGUACAAUGGCUGGGGCGGCAAGAACACCCAUGUCGAAUCAGGUAGGACUAACAUGAGAGAAGGGCUCGGUACCAGCACGGUCAGCAUCACGAGCUACAGCAACGUCAUCAAGGUCUCGGUCGUCCACGGCACUCUCAAGCACUGGAUCUUUGUCCGCUACGGAAACAACAAUGUCUACCUCUUCACGAACAAGGCAGACGACUCUGUCUCGGCCAUGCGCUACAUUGUUCGCAUCCCGGGUGGAAUCUUCUCCCAUGACUCUACAGAGAGUGACUUCUAUGAUGCCAGCAGCACCAUCAUCGAGGCCCAGGAUAUCAACGUCAACAGCGCCGGCUUGACCAAGAGCAAGCACUACCAAGGCUCCAACUACGGCCGAGUCAUGGACUUCGACUACGUUGGCCGCAAGAAGACCGGCGUCGGUCUGUUCAUGAUCAGAAGCAACCACGAAAAGGCGAGCGGCGGUCCCUUCUUCCGCUCUCUCGUUCGUCGCGCGGACCCGACUGGCGAGGACUUGUACGACAUCUACUACUACAACAUGGGCCACACCGACCCCAUGCGCACCGGUCUCCAAGGCCCCUCUGUCCUGGCUUUCACCGCAGGCGAGGACCCCAACAGCAACCUCUUCGCCCGCAAGGCCGACUGGUCCUGGUUCGAUGACCUCGGCCUCGAUGGCUGGGUGCCUGCCUCCGGUCGCGGCUACGCUUCCGGUGUCGGCCUCUCCAACAUGAAGUCCGGCAAGACAUACGUCGUCGGGCUGUCCAACUCCGCCGCCCAGUAUUGGGGCACUGCCGGCUCCGGUGGCGCCUGGUCCAUCACCAAGAUCAUCCCUGGAACCUACACCCUGACCGUCUACAAGGACGAGCUUGAGGUCGCCACCUCCUCCGUCACCAUCAAGGCUGGCGCCGGCACUGCCGUCAACACCAUCACCUGUGUUGAUCCUCAGGAUGAUGCUGUCAUUUGGCGUAUCGGCGAGUGGGAUGGAACCCCCAAGGGCUUUUUGAACUUCGAGGACACCCCCAUGAAGCCCACUUACAUGCAUCCCUCCGACACCCGCAUCUCCACCUGGAACGCCGGCAACUUCAUCGUCGGCACCCACAGCGCCAACCGCUUCCCCGGUUACAUGUGGAAGGAGGUCAACAGCGGCUAUCUCAUCUACUUCAAGCUCACCACCGCCCAGCUCGCCGCCGGCCACACCGUCCGCAUCGGCAUCACGGAGGGCUACAUCGGCGGCCGCCCGGCCAUCAACGUCAACUCGUGGGCCUCGGCCCUCCCCGCGGCCACCAACCAGGCCAGCACACGCUCGCUGACCGUCGGCACGUACCGCGGCAACAACGUCAAGCUCACCUUCGCCGUGCCGCAGUCCGCUUGGAUCCAGAGCACGAGCGAGUGGCAGAUCCUCACCAUCAACAUCAUCAGCGGCAGCUCUGGCGAGAAGUACCUCAGCCCUGGUGUCAGCUUCGACGCUGUCGAGCUUCUGGCUUAA